AGUACGCGUGUGUACCGGCUAUCUCGCCCACCCACCCGCACACACACCGACCCGUGCAAGCGCAUUUCUCAUCGGAUGCGUUUUCCUUGGCACCGACAACAGCAUUCACCACGCACGACAGAAACCCGUUGCGAGGCUGCUCUAUAGAGAAGAACAGCGAAAAAGCGAGUCGCGGGCAUGAAAAGUACUUGCAAAUAAGUACCUUUUGUGUGAUAGCUGCCCCCUAGACUUUGCUUUCCUCGUGCAAGACCCACUCUUCGACUUUACCACGCUUUCCGGGCACUUUCCUGGGACUGCUGCUAACACCUAAUUCGUGCGCUGCACCGCUGUUGCGCAACGUGCUUCUCGCGCAGAAAGCCAGUUGCGUUUUUUUUUUUCACUUCAUUGUCACUUUCUUUCAACUUGAAGAAAAGCUGCUACCUCGAGGCCGCAUAUACUUUUAACGCUCCACAAGAUUUGCGCGUAAACUGUUGUUUUGUUUUAUUUCCUGGCCGGAAUGUGUGCCAGCCUUCUGCAGAUAACACAUUAUUAAAACUGCUCGCUGUGCAGGUGAACGUAUCGUCUCGCGGCGUCAUCGAGGCAGGCCGUGAGGAUACGAAAUACCUCGAAGCCAUUCAGCUAUUUUAUUUUCCUUUUCUCCCUUGCUGUUCCUAAUUCGACUCUCGUCCUCGACGACGCAAUGCAGAGUUUUACUACCUCAGCGCGGCGCAAACCGGUGUGCAACGUAUCCACACUGCAGCACUACCUCUCUCUCCCGCAGACGCCGAUGGAGCUGUCGGCGAUGUGCCGAAUGGACGCUGCGAAGCUGCAGGGCAGUGUUGUGCAUCAGCUCGUGCGGGAAAUGGCUAUCCGCACUUCGCGUUGCUACCAGACGUUUGCGGAGCCGGUGAUUCUGAAGACGCUGGAUAAACCGCACGCGGAGCGGCUGCGAUGGGUGAAGUCGUUUGUGCUGCGUGAGUUCAACUACUGCGUGGCGCUGCACCGCAGCAUGGAGCGUUCCCGCCCCGACGGCGGCCUCGCGCAUUCUACCAAUGUGAGCCUUGUACGGGAUGAGUUCAAAGGUCCCCCGGCCUCCAUUUCGCGCCUACGCAACACCGACGAUGACAGCUUCAUCUUCGAAUCCGCGUUUCCCCCGCCGGACGGGGAGCCACACGUGCUUGGCAACGGAAAAAGUGUCAACGCAGCCCUCCCUGGCCCUUCCGCCCCGGCAAAGGUGGCCGAGGGCGGCUUUCGCUCUCACGGCCGACCCAUGGGCAACGAACUCACCCGUGAGGAGGUGGAGGCUGUUCUGGAUACCUGGAACGGUGACAACGCCACGAUUCCGCUGACCACCGCGUUGAAGCUACUCCAGCCGCAGCAAUCGCUGCUGGACGUGAUGGUGAACGAGGCGGCCGUCCGCUCCGACGAGCUGAAUCGGUGGUUUCUACGCUUUUGCCGCCGCCGUGUUGCGUGGCGCGUGAUCCACGAGCACUUGCUCCACCUCACCCUGCCCGGCGAGUCACCGCGCGUGAUCUGCCACGACACAGACAUCGAGGCGAUCCUUCAACAGGCGGGCAACGCCGUGGUCGACAUCUUUUCCAACUUGGUCGAGAACGGCAGCGUCCACUCGUUGGAGCUCCACGUGGAGGAGGACGCCCGCAUUCUGGCGGGGGUGCCGGCCGGCACGCUCAUCAGCUCCUCGACGUCGCUGCGAUCCUGUCCUUUCGAUGCACGAGACAAGCAGCAAGUCGAACCGGUACCGUCUACUGAAAUUUACUCCAUCGAAGGCCAUCUCCUUUAUAUUUUCCGCGAGGUUCUCAAGAACGCCUGCACGGCAACGCUGCGGCUGCAGCCUGUCAUCACCGUUUUCGUUAAAUACGCGAUGGACGACAAGUGGGUUGUGCUCGACUUCAUCGACCACGCCGGCGGCAUCCAACCUCAGCAUUUUAAGAACAUCUGGAAGUUUGGGUGGACGACGAGCGAGCAUUACGAGAGCCACCUGGGCGGCUUUGGAGUGGGCCUCCCGACUUCGAAGGUGUACACGGAUAUGUGCGGCGGCUCCAUCGACCUCUACCGCACGGGGAGGCAGAGCACCACCGUCCGUGUGCGAUUUCCAAAGGCGCCGGUCGAGACCCUUGUGCCCGAUUCGAUGCUGCCGCCGGUGUCACGCUAA